GGGAAAGAGAAAUGAGUGAGGUUCGAGAGCUCAUUGGACAAACACAGGGUCCUCAUGUGCUCGUGCAGCUUGUUUCCCUGGCAAGUUUUUGCAUCUCCACGGGAUUCUUGAAGUAACAGUUGAAGUUGAUGCUGCUGCUGCUGCUGCUUCUGCUGCUUUUUGUGUAUCUUUUAUCCAGUGCAAGUUCUACUUUCUCUCAUUUACCAUGUCUUAAGGUAAUGUAUGGAUAUUGAGUUUGACUUGUAAACUAUUGAUUCUUUUUUUUUUUAGUUAGUUUUAGCAUUUCUUAGUGAACUGUGGUGAUCUAUGAGUUGUUUUUGAUUUAAAGCAGAAGUCAUUAAGAUAGGAAACGACUCAAAAGCGUUUACAUUUUUAUCAUGAUCCCUGCUAUUUUUCUUGCAUGUUCUUAUUUAGAAAUCUAUCAUUUAGAAAAUUUUUGCUCCAAUCUUUCUUUUUUUUUACCUUCUUUUACUUGGUUAUAUUUGUCAAUGUAAUAUGAUAUUACAUAUAUCUAUUUGAGCCCGUGAUAGGAAUAACAACAGUCAAACUCUAUUUGAAUCGAUUAUACUGCUUCUUUCUAAAUGCUUUCAUACACUGAUGAAGUGUGCGUGCAAAUACAGAUUAGAUUCAUUAUUUCUAUGAGGCGGUACCAAUGUUUGUUUUUAUUUGACUUUCUAUUGUGUGGCAGUCAGGCAGCGGUUACAGAGGGUCUGAGUGAUUAACGCAGGGUUGACAAAAUAACAAUAUUGCGUUGAUCACUCUGUUUUAUUUAGGGGGAUUUUCUCUGUAUUGUUGCAGCAGUGACCUUUAAAAUUAUCAUUGUAAGAUUCAGUGUCAAAGUUUGCAGAGCGUCUCAGACCGUUCAAGAACGUAUUGUACUUCAGAUUGAAGUAAAGUCAGUUGAGUAUUUUUUAAAGAACUUAUGCUUAGCUUUAACUCAAAGAAGUACAAAUUUAUUCAAAAAUAAACAAAUGCAAGUGUUGAAAUGAAGUUUAGCCAGUGUUGUAUUUCCUCCAAAGCCCAGUCGCUUGACUGGAUGACAGUUGCAUAGCCAUCAGGUGUUACUCUGUAAUUUUUGUGUGUGGUGAUAAACUACAAAAAAAUUAUUUAGAUUAAAAGAAAAAUAACAUUUAGUGCACAUUUCAUCCUCUUAUACUGUGCCCUUAAUUUCUUAUUUGACACAUGCUAUAAACAAUCUCAUAGACCUGGAAAAACGCUUCCUCGUAGUCAAGUUGCCGCAACACUCCUGCGAUAGCAUUUGGAUAGAAUAAUAUGUGAUGUUUAACUUUAAAAGAAGUAAAGAGUACAUUAGGCUGCUGUGGAUAAAACAGACAGAAACUUCUUGUUCAGGGCUCUACACAAAAACUGCCUUACAUAAUAAACUCGUGGUGAUACUGAUGUGAAAUAAGUCUAAAUUAGGAAAUAAAGGAGAUAAAUGGAACGAUACAUCUAAAAGCAUGGAAAAGCAAGAGCUGAAAAAAAACUUGCAACGAUGUAAAAUCUGUGCAUUUUAGUUUUUGAACUCAAUCUGGAUUGGUAGUGGGCUGUAUAAUUGUAUAAUUACAUUGAUUUAAUUAGAUUUUUUUUACACAACAAAACAAGGGUAAACCUGUGCACAAAAAACUUUCAAACUUCCCAUAUUUUACCUGCCUUGUGUUUUGAGCUUCCCUGCUGUUUGCUGCCUUCAAAAAAAUGUUGCUGGCGCUCGUACACAUGAUCCAAGCUCUCCCCGUUAUGCAGCUUUGAACAGAUAAGCAAAACAGGUUAUGCAACAAGAGAUAGCUUGAAAUGAGAAACACAGGGAAAAGCUAAAUAAAUAGUGUGUCACAGCUAAAUCCUCUCACUUUGUAGUCUUGACACUGUAUUUCAUAACUGUAUGUCUCUGUUACAACUCUGGUAUAGCUGUGUCAUGAAGGAAGAGACAGUGUGCAGUUGUAUAUAUGAUGGGUUAUGGGUUAACUAGGAAGUAAUUUGGAAGUAAAUGACUGUUUUCCCUUUUCUGUGUUGCAGUUUGCCCCAUCUCUGUGUUUCAGAGGAUAAGCUGUUAGAGGAGACGAUCUGAGAUCCAGAACUUUCCCACUGGCUACAUCCUAUUUAAACAGAUCUCUCCUUUCUAGCCUUCUCCAUCUUUCCAAGCUGUCUGCUCCUACCCCUUCUCGCUCAGAUCCUUUUGAAUGUAUUUACAUUUUAGUUCACUAAUAUAUACACACCCACACAUCCUUGUUGUAGCCCCUCAAGGGAGAGCUUUGCUCUCCUAUUCCCUUUUUCUUUUACCUAUCCAAGAAGGGCAGCUCUGUUUAGCCAAGUUUGUCUGGCAUCCUCACUGUACUGUUUCCUUGCUGUUCCACUAAUGGGCACCUUACCAGACAGCAGCGCCACAUUCCCUUCACUGUCACCGAGAUCCUCUCUCGACUCCUAACUGCCUCGCCAACACUAACAUUAACACAAGCAAAUGGAGACCAAAGACACGAUGAUGACAAGCAUGCUGACAAAGGAUAAUGGAGAGAACGAGGGAGAAAGGGAAAAAAUGAGAGAGGAGGUAGAAGAUGAAGGAACACAGCAGGAAAAUGGUAGACUCACUCUAGCUGAUGGUCUCGCAGAUGGGAAACCCAAGGGCCUGACUUGUAGCUCUGGACAGCAGGUGUCCAACGGCUUAAACACAUCCACUCCUCAAAGUCCAAGGGAAGGACCAGGGACUGCAGCUUGCUCUGGAGGUACAGCCUCUGGGACUGGAGAAGCCACCGGGUCCUCUGUGCCACUGGGAGGUUUUAGGACUCUGGUUGUUCAACAAACCAGCUUGGAGAGGCCCAGAGAAACCUGGAGCAAGAAGAUGGACUUCUUGCUCUCUGUGAUUGGCUAUGCGGUGGACCUGGGAAAUGUCUGGCGUUUUCCAUACAUCUGCUACCAAAACGGAGGAGGUGAGGAGGCAAUGCAUGUUUGGGAGUGGCAGCCAGGAGAUACAUGGAGGGUGAUGGGGGAUUAGCAUACUGCAGAUCCCAUAUUCCUAUGAACAGGAUUGAAAGGAUUAGAAAAGAGAAAAAAUCUUACUUGGUAAGAAUUCUACUGUUACUUGUGCUAAAAAUAAAUCUAAUUAUCUACAUGAUAGCAGCUAACUUUUUCCAAUAAAAAUAGAUGUGGCCAUCUACAACCUCUGUUACAUAAUCAUUUUUGGAGAACAAACAAACGUAAACCAAGAAUUGACCUACAGUUUGGUUUCAUUUAUUUCUUGGGAAAUCUCGGGUACAAAAGGUGGCUUAUAUAAGCAAGCUAAUGUUUUCUCAAUGUCUGUGUGGCCUGCACUGUGUUACAACAAUAUCCUCACCUAACAGCAAACAAGGCCACUCUUUCCAGUUUUAUUGGAUUUGCAAUAAUAAAAUCUUUGCAAUUUCCUGUGUUCUGUGUGUGUCUCACGGAGCGAGGUAGAGAUGGGGAACGGGAGACACUUGAUAGAGGCAACAGUAUUAAUUGUGGUUUUUAUGAGAACGCCUUCAGACUCUUUCUCCUUGCUUAAUAACCUGUCUGUCAGACAGCUGCUCAAUCAACCCUUAUCUCUGCUUUGGUGUCACAAAGACACAAGACACACAUACCCAACUGCAUACACAAAUACACACACGAGCGUAAAGUAUGUUGAUAAUUAAACAGAAAGCUUUGAUGGAUAUCGUUCUCUGCACUUUGAAUGUAGAGUCUUUAAACUUGGUUGGCAAUUUGUCAGGGUUUUUUGUACCUCGCUGUUAAUUUUUCUGAUUCUCCUCCAAUCAUUCGACUUACCACUCCCAUUGCCAAUAUCAGGUUUUUUAACUAAUUUACUCCUCCUCUAUAACACUAUAUUUUAUGCACCAAACCCCCUUUACCCCUACAAUGGCAAAACUCCACUUAUUCCUUUUUUACCCUGCUCUCCUUGCUUGUCUCGUUUCUCUAUCCCUGUUUCCAACCCUUGUUAUUGCCCUCAUAUACCUUGUAUUUACUUUCCAUUCUUGUCCCUCCUCCUAGGUGCCUUUUUGCUGCCCUACCUGUUGAUGGCAGUAUUUGGAGGUGUCCCUCUCUUCUACAUGGAGCUGGCUCUUGGUCAGUUCCACCGCAGUGGCUGCAUCUCCAUUUGGAAACACAUCUGUCCCAUCUUCAAAGGUAUAGCUGAAUAAGUAAAGACAAAUAACAUAAUAAGGAAACAGUUUAAAAGCAAUAGCAUAGGUUAAAAACUAAGAAAAGAAAACGAGAAAUAGCACUUCCUACGAGGAAAACUGGCAGUAUUGGCAGAACAAAAGGAAGACGACAGAUAGCAUCAAGCUGUCUGAAUCUGGCAGACAGCUCAUUUGACCUUGUUGUCCACCCCAGUACAGUCCCCUUGAAGAGCGUUCACAGGUUCUCAUACAUCUACCAAGACUGACUGAUUGAACCGACUCUCUGUUAUGGAAAUUGUCACAUUUCCAUGCCAAAUGCCAGAGGCCCAGAAACAUGAUAGUAUGUAAAUUGUUGUUGUUUGGAAAUGCCAGCCACUUAACCAAAAGCAACUUAAACCGACUUGAAUCAUCCCUGAUGUGUCUUGAAGAUCUAGGACUGGUGACCACAUCUUUUUUAAAUGGAAAGUGAAUCAGUUUUCAAAGUGCUUAUAUAGUACCAAUAAUUUUUUUCUUCUUCAUCAUUUAGGUAUCGGCUUUGCCAUCUGCAUCAUAGCCCUUUACAUAGCCUUUUACUACAACACCAUCAUGGCCUGGGCCUUGUACUACCUACUGUCUUCAUUCCGGCCCAUACUGCCCUGGACCACUUGUACAAACAGCUGGAAUACGGACAACUGUAAUCGUUACAUGUCCACCGACCACAACGUGUCCUGGUCCAACUCUUCUACCUCGCCAGCAGAGGAAUUCUAUAUGUAAGUUUGAUGUAAGUCAUAUGUAAAGAGGGCUACGCAGGAAGGAGACAUCAAGUGAAGAAAGGGAGGAUGACCACCAGAGACCUGUUACAUUAUUUGAAAGGAUUUUUUUUUGUUUUCUGUGUUCGAGUUACUUCGGAAGUCAGAUGUCAGAGCUGAAAAUGACGACACACCUUACCAGCGUUUUAGUUACCAAGACGGAAAAAGGCAAAACCGGAGACAAGAUAGCUACAUCUACCAAAGUUAUUUUAGCGCUUGCCUUGUCCGGAUAUAAAGCAAGCACUAAAAUGACUUUCCUAGAUGUAGCCAUCUUGUUUUGAAAACGAAAGUUUUUUUUAGCACUUGCCCUGUACGAAUAUGAGGCAAGCGCUAAAAUAACUGUCAUAGAUGUAGCCAUCUUGUUUUGAAACAAAAAGUUAUUUGAGCACUUACCUUGUCCGAAUAUAAGGCAAUUGCUAAAAUAACUGCAGUAGAUGUAGCCAUCUUGUUUCAGGCCUCCAAUUUUGCUUUUUUUCCCUGACUUGGUAACUGAAACGCUGGUAACUCGGGUGUGACGUCAUUUUGAGCUCAGACAUCUGACUUCCGAGGAAACUCGAACGCAGCUCCUACAAGAUUAUUCUCAUUUCACUUUGUAAAUGUCAGGAGCAGAAGGAAUAGUACAAACCUUGGAGAAUGAGAAAGAGAGAGAGAGAGAGAGAGAUUGUGUUUUGUUUUUUUUUGUAUUAGGAGAUUAUAAGACAGAUAGUAUAAUGAGAAUAUUUAAGAGCAGAUUGUAUGUUGCCAGCACAAACAUCGUCUCACAAAUAUUAAUACUGACAUGACUUUAGACUUACAUCUUGUGUCAACAAAUCUUUGGCUGACUCUGCUCACUGUAGUCUACUCCAGUCAACUGACUUUUCUGGGUAAUGUUAAAAAAACAAGCUAUGUAGGACAAUCUUAUUACUCUCGACUGCCUCAGUGCUUUACAGUCCUCUGCUUCUUCAGUCUUAUUUUCUCACUGGACUGGUCUGGGUCCAUCCACCGAGACAGAUUCAGGGUUUAUCCCUUGCUGACUUUUCCUAAUACAAGUUUUAAAGAAACAAAUUCCGCAACUCAGUGUGGCGCCAGAAUUUCCUGUUUUCAACAUAAAUCACAUCUCUGUCUUCUCAUGCAAGCUCUGUGUGCUUAACCUGUGACCAGAUGUUAUCCUCACUGUUAAUUUAGGCCUCAUUCCUUUCUUUCCCCAUAGCGCUUCUUAACUUUGGUUUGUGUAAACUACAAUUACAUAAAUUUGUAAUUAAGUUAGUCAAGCCCUAUCUGGAAGUUGUUUUUAACUUGACUCUGUUGCUUUUUCCAAAACGUUUUGUCAUAUAUACAGUAUAUAUACAUGAAGUAAAGACUUUCCUUGUUCUUUAAGUUCUUCCUGUCCCUCUCUUUAUCAUUUGUCUGCAAGUUUCAAAAACAUCCCCUCAUCCACCCAUCUUUGUAUUUUUACUUCUUAUCGUCUUUAUCACUUCCUAUUUUUCUCCACAUUCUUCGCUUUCCGUUUGACCUCACUCCACUUCCUCCGCCUAUUGCUUUUGCUUCCUGCAUUUCCACAACUCCCUUGUCUUCCCACUUCUUGUGUCUUCGACUGAUAUUCCAUUUUUUCCUGUUAUCACAUUGUUUACCCCUCUCUCUCCCCCACCCAGUCGCCAGGUGUUACAAGUCCAUCGUUCCCCAGGUCUGCACCAGCUGGGCUCUGUAAGCUGGCAGCUGGCCCUCUGUUUGCUCUUCAUCUUCACUAUUGUCUACUUCAGCAUCUGGAAAGGAGUCAAGACGUCUGGGAAGGUAAAUGAAAGGGCGCCUGCAGGGUUGAUGGGCUCGUCAGUUAGGUUAAAUGGAUCGAUGAUAUUUUUGAGCCGGAGAGACAGAGAAAGGGUGAAAAUGAUGUUAUCCAUUUCUUCACCCUCUGUAUCAUUCAUCAUCAUGGGAAGAGAAGUUGGUUAGGCAUGAAAUCGAAAUUAUUAUUAUGUGAAACCCUAACAGACAACUCCUCAAAGACCAGGUAUGACUUAAGCUCGAGGAAGUAGAAGAAUAUGUAUUUGACUGCAGGAAAAAUCCAGUCGUCUAUUCAGAGUGAGGAGUUUUAUCAAAGGACUUUAGGACCAGCAGCAAGUUAUAAUUGAUUCGACUGGACUGUCUACACACGCUGUAGUUUCAUUGACAGAAAGCAGUAUCUUUUCCCCCCUUAUUAGGUGGUUUGGGUCACUGCUACCUUCCCCUACCUGGUCCUCUUCGUGUUGCUGAUCCGUGGAGCGACUCUUCCUGGGGCCUGGAGGGGCGUUGUCUUCUAUCUCAAGCCUGAUUGGGCGAAAUUGCUCAGCACCACAGUAAGUGAUGUUUAACGAGGCUCCUUUGGUCCCUCUCCUUAUAGACGUUUGUUACGAUCAAAAUCCUUGUCGUGUUGUACACCAUAUCCCAUCAUCAGUCUUUCACGCUUUCUUAGGUAUGGAUCGAUGCAGCCGCUCAGAUCUUCUUCUCAUUGGGACCAGGUUUUGGCGUGCUCCUCGCCUUCGCCAGCUACAACCCUUUUCACAAUAACUGCUAUAAGUAAGAGUUUUUCUUAAACACACAAGGCGAUGAUGAAAAUAAUUACUUGAGACAUUCUGGUCAGGCCCCUGAAUAUAUCAGUGACCUGCUUCACCCCUACCUUCCGAGUAAGUCACUCAGGUCCGCUGUCCCUCAAAUCAAGAGGUGACCACGCUUUUGAAGUAGUGCUCCAACACUUUGGAACAAUUUACCUGCUGAUAUUCGUUCAGGUGUUUCCAUUGCCACUUAUUUAAACAGGCCUUUACCUCCCCCUGUUAUAUCUAAUGCUCUAUUUAUGCCAUUGUUUGUUAUUGUUCUUUGCUUUUACUUGAUGUUUAUGAUUGUGAAUCUUUUCUAUGUGAGGUGCUUUACUAAAUGAAUUUUACUUACUUACUUAUAUUCUGCUGAACUUUGCUCUUUUUUGUCUUUUCUUUGACCUCUGUCUUUGUCCAUCUCAGAGAUGCGUUGGUCACCAGCUCUGUGAACUGUCUGACCAGCUUCCUGUCUGGUUUUGUCAUAUUUACCGUGCUGGGUUACAUGGCUGAAAUGAGGCAACAGGAUGUGGAUGCUGUUGCCAAAGAUGCUGGUGAGAUGAUAUCCAAGCCCUGUGAAUUUACAUUUUAACACCCUACUGUCAAAAUCUUUGUCCAAUAACUCUUUUUUUUGUUCUCCCCAGGUCCAAGUCUGCUGUUUAUAAUUUAUGCUGAAGCCAUAGCAAAUAUGCCUGCUGCGACUUUCUUCUCCAUCAUCUUCUUCCUCAUGAUCAUAAUGUUGGGUCUGGAUAGCACGGUGAGUUCACCAGCUAAUCUUCCAGACGCCCAAAAGAAUGAUCUUGACUGUCUUGUUCUUGUUGCCCUGUACUUGGCUCUCGUGUCUGCCUGGAACCUAAAAACAGAGGUUUUAUUUUUGGCCUCGCUUAGGGGUAAACGUCCGUGAUGUUACACGAGGGGGUUUUGUUUUUCCUGGCUGUUAUUUUUGAUUACAGACAACAAAAACAAUAUGACAGGGCUUUCAUAUUACUGUUGUGUUGUGAUCUUGUCUCCCUAAGCCUGUGUUUAUCUGCUCCGAGGAAGCCAGCUGGAGAGACUCGUAAGGCUCUUAUCAAAUACUGAUAAUCGGCGCAGAAUCAGUACUGGGGUUGCUAUGCGUCUUCAUUUAAGCGCUGAGGAUAUUACUGAAAAGCAUGUCUAUGUGUUUUGAUUCAUAAUAGAUCAGCUUAACAUUUAGUCUCUUUAUUACUAUUUGAUUACGCAAAGGUUUUAUAAUGCAGGUCCUUCAUUUAUCACUGUACUCUGAUUGUCAAAGGUCCCUCUGUUUCUGGACCCAUCAAGAUCGAGAUCAAGUCUUCAUAACACAAAGAUUUAUACCUCCUGUGUGUUAUAUUGUGUUUCUUGAGUAGGCUGAUACUCCUUUAUAGUCUAUCUGCUGUCUUUGAGGAGUUGUUUCUUUCUAAGUGACUCUCAAGGUGUCUUUCUGUCUUUAGUUUGCAGGGUUGGAGGGUGUGAUCACAGCCAUGCUAGAUGAGUUCCCUCACAUCCUGGUCAAGAGACGAGAAUGGUUUGUCUUCGGUCUGGUGUGUGUCUGUUAUUUGGGGGCUCUCUCCACGCUUACAUAUGUAAGUGGAAAAGUACAUUGAACACAUAUUUCAUCUUACAUGCCCUUACAUACAGUAUUUUAAGCAAUGUGAUGGUGUACAGUUUGCAGUUAUCUGACAUCAGAUUAGAGAUGUCUCUGAGUAGUAAUCUAUUUAUCUCUAACUCACAUUACUACAAAGGCCAAGACGCAUCUCUGCCCCUUAAACCAUCUUAAAAAGUUCUCUAAUCUUUAGAUUAUUGAAUAAUUUAGAUAACACAUCUUUUAAAAGGUUAGUAUAAAGCUUAGCAAAAAUUUCUCCUCUGUAAUCUUUGUUUCAUCUCCUGCGUCAGGGAGGAGCAUUUGUUGUAAAGCUGUUUGAGGAGUACGCUACAGGCCCUGCUGUCAUCACUGUGGUUUUGCUCGAGGUUAUUGCUGUCUCUUGGUUUUAUGGUAAGUUUGAGUUGCUCUAUGCCAUUUAUUUAUUUUCAAUGGAUAAUGAAUUUUUAAAAAUGACGUAAAAUGAGUGGCUCUGUGUGUUCCAGGUACCAAACGUUUCUGUAAUGACGUCCAAGUCAUGAUUGGUUUCUCCCCGGGUUAUUUCUGGAGGAUCUGCUGGGUGGCCAUUUGCCCCUGCUUUCUCCUGGUGAGGCUCGAGUACUAUAUCUACACAUGCACAUAUACUAAAAAGAAGGAUCAGCUAUAACAAAAGCUGGAGGGGGUCAUUUGAUUGAUGUUAGUGUUAGUUGUUCCUUGUCACGUCUGACCCGUUUUUGUUCUGAAUCCUGUUUCCAGUUCAUCAUCAUCAGUUUUCUGGCCUUUCCUCCAGAAGUCAGGUUGUUCCACUACCAGUACCCACCAUGGACCACUGUCCUAGGAUACUGUAUUGGAGUUUCCUCAUUCAUCUGUGUGCCUACUUAUAUGGUUUAUCACCUGCUUAAUGCCAAGGGUACUUUCAAACAGGUACAGUAUCUUAACGUUGUAUUUCCAACAUCAUUACCCACAAAUUCUGUCUCCUAGUCCUUCUCAUAUCCUUACCUGCCCUUUAGUCUGUACUCUACCCUCAAAGGAGUUACCUGUCUUUUUUUCUUUUCCUUACACUGUCAUGGUCCACCCGUCUUAGUGAGCACAUUAUUAUAAUAAUGCAUCAGAUUUCAUAUAGCGCUUUAUCAGAGACCCUCGAAGCAUUUACAAUGGAUAAAUCAUUCAUUCACUCACACAGUCACACCCUGGUGGUGGUAAACUGCCUUAGUAGUCACUGCUUCUCUGGGGCAGACUGACGGAAUCGUGGCUGCCAGUUUGCGCCAUACAGUUUGCGCCUACAGUCACUCUGACCACCCCCACAAAACACUCACAAUCAUACACCAGUGGAGGACACACACUGGGAGCAAGGUGGAUCAAGUGUCUUGCUAAAGGACACAACAGACAGAGUAGGGAUAGGGGGCAAUCGAACUGCCAACCUUCCGGUUAUUGGACGACCGCUCCACCUCCUGAGUUACUGCCGCCCAUUGCUCAGGGUUCAUAUGAGAUCAAAGAAGCAAAGAAAUGGUACAAGCCAUAUACUAGCAGAAAAUUUUACAAACAUGCAUGAAUGUAGGGUAUGACAGACCCUUAACACUGUAUACCAUAAAGAUUUGGUGAAGGCUGAAACAAAGGAGGUGAAAAUCUUGCCAUCCAUAGCUUCAGCAUCAGUUCUUCCUGCAUCACAAAUACGGAUAUUCCAAGUCAGCUUUAUAAUCAAUACACUCCAAAAAAACAAUGUAGAUAUCUUUGUAUCAUAAUUGAGACUUUUUGAGCCAUAUACGGUAAAUCUUUUACAUAUUAAGGUGUAUCUUGUGUUCUUUUGAACAAACAAAAUAAUUGCAAAUCAAAACUUUUCUCAUCAUUAUCAUAAUAUCGUGAAGUUCACUUUAUAAGGUUGAUAGAUGGGAAAAGCAGAUUGAAGAUGUGACCAAAAUGAUGGUCUUUGAUUUAGCCAGGGAACACAUGCAACAAACAAAAAACAUCAACACAAAGGAGUAAUGUUCAUAUAUGUGUGUGGAAUUAAAGAUGACACACUUGAAGAUAGAUGAAAACCAAAGAGCUCAAAACAUCUGAGUGUCUCUAAACCCAGUUUGUGUCAUGUGCUACUAUGUGUACCAUUGCUCUCCUGUAAGAUCCUGCUCUAAGAUGUGGCUACAUUUAUUUCUUUUCACAUAAUUUAGAAAGGAAAAGCACCUGUAUAGAAGAUGUAAGUGUACAGUAAGUCAAGUGGAUUUGGAUCUGCACAGAAUUUCAAGAACAAAAAUUACCUACUGCAUUUGAUCAAUUACUAAAUGAACAAAGUAGGUCCAAAAAGGCAAAACAUUGCAAAAUACUAGCUGGUCUGAGUUUCUCCACAUGAGUUUUUGCUUUUAUCUUUUGUUGUUUAUGGACAUGAGUAGAAUACCUAAUGGUCUGAUCGAACAAAGAAAAGAAGUUAAAGAAAGUUUCCUUAUUUUUAACCAACUUUAGUCCUGAAGGUUUGUUUUUGUUUGGACUUUAAAAAAACUUCUGCAAAAAGUGUAAAGUUUGGCUGUGGUUGGAUAACCUGCUUUCUUUUUCUCCUUCUAAAUUGUCUCUCUUUCUAUUUCCUUCCUUCACAGCGUCUGUUAAAGAGCAUCUCUCCAGAGCCCUCCACUGAGCAACAGAGAAACUUUAUAGUCACCAAUGCAGUCUGACCAAACCCUGACCAACAACAAAAGGUGCCACUCCAGCUACACAGAGUGCCCCCCUCUGGACAAACUGCAACACUACCUAACAAGGAGGCUCCUUUUCACUGUCUUUACCCCCUUUCAGUGCAUUUUUUUCCUCUUGUUUUUAGCUGUCAAAUGAAAAGAUGUAGAAAUAAAGAAUAAAGGGGACGCUAGCUGGGGCCAGGCCGCAGCAUUAAAGAUGAGAUUUAUUCUAGUCUUCUAGCUCCCCCGCGGUCGUAAAAGAGUUCUCUGAAUUCAUUGGUGUCACUUUGCAAACACACAGAUCUUAAUUUCAGUAUUUUUAUCACCACUCUCUUUAUAUUUUUUCCAAACUUAAGUCUUUCUUAUGAACAAACCAACCUUUCUUCAGGUCAUACAGUCAGGUCAUACAUAUUUUAUAUAAUUAUACAGUAUAAAUGUAUGCUUAAAAAAACCAGGAGAUUCUUUACACGUCAAAAUUUGGAGAAGGCCAUAUUGUUACACACUUAAUAGCUGUAUAUUCGUAUUAUGCUGAUAAUUUAUGCAUUCUUAUAUGUAGCAAAAUUCAGGUAUUCUUUUACAUCUCCUACCAAAACCAAAUAUAUGAUACCUGUUCUGUUUAUAUUUUGUUAGAUGUGUUAAUGUCACAGUUGUGUUAUUUUGUGUUAACUGUGUUUAUCUGUUGGUGUCUUGAACGGAUGAUGGAUACGCAAGAGUGUCUUACACUGUGAAGCACUGUAUGAAAAUGGCAUGAAUGUGUGUUUCUUUAUGUGUGCAUGACAGAAAGACUGUUCCAAUAUUCGGGGUAAAAUGGUUCUAAGACAGAAAUAAUCAAGUUUUUACUGUAUUCCUUUCAUAACUGCAAUAUAACAUGUAUUCAUUCGUAUCACUGCCCCUCAUCAAGUUUGACAAACCGCAAUAUUUUACCGAUAUUUCCCUGUCUUAACAUAAUAUUCUCCAUCUGUUUUCAUGUAACGGAUAGUAAUAGAAAUCAAGACAGGAUCAGAGUGAGUAGCAUUAAUGGCAUCUUUGAAAUCAGUGUAACUGCUUUUUGCUUUCUACCAAAAGGUGGUGUGUGUGUUUGUAUGUGUAUGCAAACGUGCCUGUGAGAGAAUGUGUUUUCCUGUGUGUUUGUUGGAGCAGGAGUUAAAAACGGCAAGUGCUAUACAUCUACAUGUGUAUUGACUAGUCAGUCUGGUAUUGGUGUAUUAUAUCUUGUGAAUACCUGUCUCUUCACUCCAUCAAUGUGUGAAUGUGUUUAUGUUCAGCUCUUGUAGAGGCUUGAGGGUGAACCUUCGUUAGUGUGCAUCCACGACUGGUGGUCCAAAAAAGGAUUAGAGGCGUUCAGCCCCUUUAUGUGUCCAUGCUGUGGGGAGUGUGUAUACUGAACCUAAGAUGUAUGUGUUAUGUGUGCAUGUGCGCGUGUGCGUGUGUGUGUGUAUGGACGAAGGUGAAAUGUGAUCUUCUGUUGUCUUGUUAACUGCCAAAAGAUAUUAUGAAGGUUGUAAACUCCCUCUUGCCUUUUUCUCUCUCUUGCACCUCUCAGCUCAUGUGAGAUCUAUGUACCUCUGUAGAAGACUGUAUUGAGAACUACACCUGUAUAGAAUAAAGAUAAAUAAAUAUAUUGGAAAAUACAGACAAUAAAGAAAUAUGAGGAAACAUCA